GAUACUUUAUGUUUAUCCGUAGUGGUAGCACAAAUUUUAUAGAGUGGUAGUUUGACGGACGCGGUGUUUGAAAGAAGGGCUGCAGUAAGUAAGAAAAUAAUCUCGCACCGGAUACGAAAACGUGUGAGAGGACCUGAACACUUGAGUCCGCCAUUUUGACGUGCGUUUGUGCCCGGCUCGAGACUUGUGAUCGAAUUUGACAGCCUUUCCAACACCUGCUUCCAGUUAAAGACCCAAAAUGGAUAAAGACGAGUUGGUUCAACGGGCCAAGCUUGCAGAGCAAGCCGAGAGGUACGACGAUAUGGCUGCAGCAAUGAAACAGGUCACAGAGACUGGAGUAGAGCUCAGCAACGAGGAGAGGAAUUUACUUUCCGUCGCCUACAAAAAUGUCGUCGGUGCUCGGCGGAGUUCGUGGAGAGUUAUUUCCAGCAUAGAGCAGAAGACAGAAGGCAGUGAACGUAAGCAGCAGAUGGCCAGGGAAUACCGGGAGAAGGUAGAGAAAGAACUACGGGAGAUCUGCUACGACGUGCUGGGUUUACUAGACAAAUACCUGGUCCCCAAGGCGAGUAAUGCAGAGAGUAAAGUAUUCUACCUGAAGAUGAAGGGUGACUACUACAGGUACUUGGCAGAAGUUGCGACCGGCGAACAGAGAAACAGUGUUGUGGAGGAGUCUCAAAAAGCUUAUCAAGAGGCCCUGGACAUCAGUAAGGGGAAAAUGCAGCCCACACACCCCAUACGCCUAGGGUUGGCCCUAAACUUUUCCGUGUUCUAUUACGAAAUUCUCAAUGCCCCAGACAGGGCUUGCCAUCUGGCCAAACAGGCAUUCGAUGACGCCAUUGCAGAGUUGGACACACUAAAUGAGGAUAGCUACAAAGACAGCACACUCAUCAUGCAGCUCUUGAGAGACAACCUCACUCUGUGGACAUCAGACACUCAAGGUGACGGAGAUGAACAGCAAGAAGGUGGUGACAAUUGAUGUGGUCGCAUUCCCAUCUCUUGGCUACGGCGUCGCCCCUACCCUCUCCCCAGUGAUUUGGUUGCGCUCUCGAUACUUAGGCCACACAAUGCUAUCCUCUGUGGUGUGUGUCCCCCUUGUAGAUCAUGUCCAAAUUCCUCCAUCUGCGGAAGGGAAUGGCGAUGCGGUAGUCCCUUUUUUUUUUUUUUUUAAUCAUUGGCAUUUUGCGAGCGGCUGUAGAAGUUUACCGAUAUAAUUAAUAUUGAAACAUAAUAUAGGGUAUUUACCACUGUACCAUUUCUGUAAAAAAAGAAUAUCGCGAGACAUUGUUUUUUCUUGCGCGCGGGAGGAUUUGUACACGAGACGCAACAGGAACGUGAAAUGGUUGUUCCCGAGAUAGUUUUGUUGGAAUAGCGCAUUUUUGUGCACUUUCCAUUAUUUAUUUUUUGCGUUUGUCCCGGGAGUGUCUCUGUUGUUAUCGGAUGCUCAAUGAGUCCUUUCCUUUUCAGCGACAUGAAUUUAAAAGGGCCUGCUAAAAUAUUGUCAGAUCUUGCGAGGAGCCUGAGAACUUACUUCUUUGUAACGGUCACUCGGAGAAAAAAAAAAUAAAGAAAUGUCUCCUUGGA